GUGCACGUCCUAACUGAGAGGAGACACUUGAGGAGGUUCAGAGAGUCUAGCAACCUCUAUUUUCUACGCAGUUACACGAAAGAACCGAGAAAGGCAGCACGACUUCUCUAGACAGAAGUACAAAGUUGUGGCGGAUGGCAUAUUCGAAAAAAGUGGGUGAUUCAAUAUUAAAAUGUUUUGCGGAAACAGCACUCGAAACUCCAAAAUACUCUUCAGUAAAAAAAGACCCACGCACUACUUUCGAAACCUACUCUUACAGGUAUUGGAUAGCCUGCUUCUGGAUUGCGUUCAGUACUGCGACCGUGUUCGUUACCAGUGUGAUUAUUGAAUACGCAACACAAGACGUGUUUAGCAGAUACGUAGAGCAACGUGAAGUCGCCAAUGAAUCAUUUCUUUCAUUUCCUAAAAUUUACAUUUGUAACAACGUCAAACAAGACUUGGCUCCAGAUUAUCCAAGCCACAUUGACUGCAAGAUUUUCCCUAACCUUUUUGAAUUGGGGAAUGAACCAUGCGAGCCUAACCAACCGUUUCAAACGCUCACUUUGCUCAACCGUACCUGCAUUGUUUAUAAUGGACUAACAGCUCGAAGCAGAAAUAACUUACUGCGCGUUAAAGUGGACGUUGGCAAUCAUUCUUCUGUCUAUGCUCCUUGGAAGGGGGCGUUUAUGUUUUUGAAAAGCUUGCAUUCUGAAACACCAACAGAGCUUCAAGAUAUUGAACAGUGGAAAAUACUAGAAGCCCAACGAUAUCUUUUAGUGCAGCUGCGUGUAUAUCGAAAGACAAAGACUUUGGAUUCCCAGGAAAAACCUGAACCUAAAGAAGACAAGUACAAAACAGAAGUUGGCCAUUCUGCUUUAGUGGGCUACUAUACAGGUACACAGUCCAAUAGAACAGCAGUCGUAAUCGACUUUUUCUUUCAAAGCUUUGAUGUGGAGACAAUAACAACAUUUCAUUUGCGUAACUACAGUUUGUUUAUCGCUGAUGUGGAAGGUGCGGCCAGCGUUUUUGGCAUCAUUAUAAUGAUUCUAAGCUUUUUUUACGCAGUUGCAUCAUGUAUCUAUCGUUUUCGACAUCCUGAGGCCGACGAUUACAGUGAUUUGUAAACACGGGUAUGUUUGCUGUUGCUGCGAUGAGCAAGAUAGACAUGUGUAGACGCUGUUUAUGUCUUAGCUGACCAAUUUGAUUAGCAAUUGAUAACUGUAUUACUUAGCAUGCUUUGCUAUAUGUGCCGCCUGUUUACUGUUGCUGCUACUUCUUUUAGUGUAGCGCUAAAUACCACGAUUCGUGUGGCAGUUUACAAAUGAGAAAUGUAUGGUAAUGAUUAGAUUAAACAGACAAUGUUUCGUCUCA